AUGGAACGAUUCGUGGUUAUGCUGGACUUUAUUGCUCCUCCUGCUGCGCCAAGCGAUUCUAAACAAAUGAUCUUCGACUUUCGGGACAUCUUUGUUGAGGAAUUGGCUACUAUUGAACGAGCAAAUUAUAAGGUAACUUUUGGCGGAGAGCCGUUGUCUCGUCUGUUUGCGACCCGGCGCAAUGACAUGUGA